AUGCAGGAAGUAUAUUAUUUAGGGAGUUUGCUGCUCUCUUUACUCACCGGAUCUAUUGCAGUGUCUCUAUUAUCACUUUAUCAGGGUACAGAGGCUGUUCUGAUUAUAAUUGUCUGUUCGUGUUAUGUACAUACUAUUUUACAAUUACUGCUAUUAUUUUUUCCAUGGGGCCAUUACUAUUAUUUGAUUAAGGUACUCUUCAGUAUAUUACAGUUAAUGAUUGUAGGUAGUGCUAUUGAAUUUUUUCAUUAUUGGAUUAAUAAUUCAGGGUUUUUUACCGACUCUCUUCAUAGGCAGCUAAUGUUGGCUUUUGAAUCAUCUAUAUUAUUUCUCAUGCUAGUUAAUGGAUUAUUUUUAGGAAUUUGGAUAAAACCUCAGAAUGAGAUAAUCGAAAGUGAUAGUAAGCAAAAUUUAAAUAAUGAUGUUGAGAAAGUUGGUAAGGUUACAGAAAAUGAUGAUUUGUUAUAUGUUCCAAGUGAUAAAUUUGUUCCAUUAAAGGAUUCUGCUCAAACUUUAACUCCCCAGAUGUUUCAUAUUCAAAUGGGAGCAAAUAACAAUAAUAUACUUUUUGAUGAAAGUAAUCCAAAUGGUUUAAAAAUGGUAUCGAACAGUAACAAGGAGAGUAAUUCUGAUAGCAUGAACAUGUAUACAAAUUGGGCAAAAAAUGAAAGAUUAAACAGUAAAACAAGCGAAACAGAAUCAAAUGUCUCUGUUAUUCGACAUCAAUUAGGUAUUUCGCAUAGCCAUACCUUUAAAAAUAUUAAUCUUAAUAAAAAAUUAAGAUCUUUAUCCAUAUCUUCGUAUAAUUCUAGAAAAUCAUCGCCAUCUAGAUCAUCAUUAAAAAAGAUUCAGGCGUUAAAAUUAAAAGCAUCUAAGAAAUUUCAAUUAAAUCCAAUGAAAAUAAAAAAAGAAAAUCAAACUCAAAGAAGAAGGUCUCAAGAAAAGAAAUCUAUUGGAUUAAAUGCAAAAUACAUGACGAGACUGUCUACUAUCUCUGAUUUACAUAAAAGUUUUAUUAAUAUUUUGAGCUCAUCAAAUUCAGAUGAUGGAGUUAAUAACAAGCAUGCUUCACUCUCAAAUAAUGAUAUAAUGAAUCAAAUGAAGGGUAAGACAUAUAGCAAUAAUCUUGCAAACAUAAGUAAUAAUGAACCGUACAAUUCAUCACCAAGUGCAUACCAACACACAUCGUUUAUUGAGGUGUCUGGGGACAUUUUAAAUGGAGAACAACGUCAAAAUAUAUCACCGAAACUAACCGAAGAGAGACAGGCUAUUGGAAGAAUAAACAAUGCAUUACUUCCACCUUGCUUACAGAAGUAUGGAAGCAGUUGUAACGAUAGUCAUAAAUCUUCUGUUCUACCCACUCAAGCUUCUGGGGCACCAUCUUUUUUGAUACCCGAAAUGUCCAAUGAUGAUAAAUGUAAUAUAAAUGAUCUACAAGAUAAUGUGUUAAACGAAUUAAAUGAUUUAACGCAGAUUCCUGAUUUAGGCUAUACAACAGAUCAAGAUUUUAUUACACCAAGUAAGGACAGAAAGCCAUUUGAAUAUCCACCAAAUAUUAGUUUAGAUAUGUGGGAAAAGAAUAAAGUUGAUUUUAUGAGAAAGGCAAGUGAAAAUACUCAAAAUUCUACGUUAAUGUCUCCAUUUCAAUUUAAUAUGAAUAUUGAUAAGAUGCAAUCUAUAUCAGAGUCACCAUUAUUAGAAAGUAAACAAAAGUUUACAUUUCCUAGCAAGAAUAAAGCGAAUAUUGAUGUGGAAGAUGAAAAUUAUGAAAUUGAAAUUAAAGAUAAACAACCAAUCUCAAACUUAGAUAAAAAUACACAAAGAGCCACACAUAAUAGAAAUAUAUCAGACACAAUUAGUGAACUUGACAAAUAUUUGAAUGAUGGUGAGGGAUCAAGCAAGGAUCAAAGUCAACUUUUAGAAGAUAGUUUACGACAAGAUACAGAAUCAGUCACACAUAUCCUAAGUUCUACAAGUGAAAGAAUAUCUCAUGAAUUUGCAAGGUCUAGUUUCAGACACUCUCCAACCAAAUCGUUGGUGUCCAUUAUUAGCGGGGGUACUGGCAGUGGUAUCAACAAUUUAAGUUUGAAUAAACAGAGAUCACAAAAUUUCUCAUUUAGCACACCAACUCAUACAAAGACACCAAGUCAGUUGUUACAAUAUAGUUUCCCUCCCAAUAUUAAUAACAUGUCUACCCACUCUUCCCCUAAUAAACAUAGAUUUAAAAGAAUUGGUAAAAAGCUUUCUUUAUCCAAUAUAUCUGAUACCAUGUUAUUCGAAACAGAAUCUGAAAAUGGACACUCGAGAAACCAAAGUGUAGAAUUUACAUAUAUUCAUAAUUUACAAAAUAAUAGACAUUUCCCAAGUAAGUCUGUGUCCGUAAUUCCAACGCAUAGUAUGGCUUCCCACAUACAUCAUAGUAGCGCGUCCAGAUAUCUGGUAGAUAGUGUACAUUCCAAUAUAAGUAAGUCUAAGAAGAAUGAUAGAAGACAUAGCAUGAUCGCUGUGGAGAAGAUGCUCAGAUCAGCUAGUUCCAUGUUGUAUAAACACAACAAUGUUGCUAUUGAAAUGGCCCCAAUAUCGGAUACUGUGGAAGAACAGAUACAUCAACCACCUCCAAUAGAACAUUCAUUGGAAGAGCGUAAAAUUUCUAAUCAGACAAGUUUAGGAUCUGAAAAUAUUUAUCCAGAUAUUGUAAUGAGUGAAUAUGACCGAGAAAAAUGGAAUACAAUGAAGAAUUUGAAUAUUAUUGAUGAUGAAGGUCACUUGAUAAAAUGA